AUGAGCUAUUGCGAGGAUUUGAAAAAAAUUGUGCUUUACAACGGAAAUCUUGGCUCGGGAAGAGGUAGGCGAGGGGUUUGCGUGGCAGUUUUCGAAAAGUAUUUGGAAUAUAGUGAACUGAAUUCGGAAGUUUUCACAAAGGCGGAUAUUUACAAAGGUGUGAUCAAUGAUGUGAUAAGUCAAGUGAAAGAGGCAUUCUUGGACGAGAAUGUCGAUGUGGAUGUGCUACAGCAACUCAAGAAGGAAUGGGAAGAAAAGUUGAUGGCGAGUGGGAGUGUGGAUUUGGAAGGUACAAAACCGGUGGCACCGCCACCAAUUCGACAAAUGAAACUACCGGCACAGUCGUCAACGUCGAACGCCACAACGAUGUCAUCAUCGAAUAAUUCUGCAAAUAAUAGCAAUAAUAGUAACAGCAAUAACAACAAUAAUGCCAACAAUAACAGUAGCAGUAAUAAUAGUAAUAGUAACAAUAAUAAUAUGAGUACGGCAACUAGCAGCAGUUCAUUGGCAACUGCAACGACAACGCAUAUGAUUGCUACGCCGCAAACAAUUCCGGCUGGAAGCACUCUUCGAAUUGCACAAGGCGGACAGGUCAGUGCUCUGUCACAAGGCGGAUACAAGGUUUUCGUGAAACUUUUUCCUGGAGUGAGAGUUUCCUUUCAGCACAUUCUUGUUCAACAAGCCUCAGCCGCUCAAUCAGCACAAACUCAACUAGGCACCCAGCCUACAACGAUGGUAAUGCAGACCACUUCAGGGGCUGGCGGAGCUCAGCAACUCCAACGACCCGUUCAACAAGUCCAGUAUAUUAGUGCCAGUUCACUGCCAAUCACCACAGAUCCAAAUUCGCUGCCGCAAGUUGUUCAAUUACAACAUCGGAACGUGAUGGCGGCUGGUUUCCAACGACCACAACUCGGACAAGCUACCUCACAAGCAACCAUCUCAACGAUUCCCUCGGGUAUGAUCGCCUUCCAGCCCGGACCAGGUGCACGUAUCAUUCAACAAGGUGGUCAGCAAUAUAUCAUGCAUAGUGAGUUGUUUGUUUGCAUUUGUGGACCGGCAAAUAGUGUAAUGAUUGUGAAUGCAAACGGUCAACAAAUACCAGUGACCCUGGCAUCAGCAACGAUGCUGCAGCAAGGGAGAAUCGCCGCUCAUGGACAGUUGAAUCCGAAAAUUGAGAGCGCCAGUGGAGUGCCACAGAUGGACGGGGCUGGAUUCGUGUCAACAGAAUACGAUCAACAAGUGGACGGUGUCGAUGAUCAACCCGGCUCUUCGGGUAUCCAGAAAAUGGCUGAAGCAUUACGAACGAUCAAAAUCGAAGCUGCUGCUGCUGCUCGAAAAGGCACGGGUAAGCGAGCACGUCAGCUGGUGCAAUUGGAUGGUGCGAGUCGUAUCAGUGAUUCGUCAUCUGACGAGGAGGACGUCGAUGAGGAUGAUGAUGACGAUCCGUUGAGGAGAAUCGCCGAUCGAAUCGGUGACGACGGCACAGCGAAUGAUGACGAUGAACAAGUAGUUGAGGAAGAUCCAUUGAACAGUGGCGAUGACCAGAGCGAUGAUGAGGAUGUGGAAAGGUUGUUCGAAGCAGAUAACGUUGUGAUGUGUCAGUUUGAGAAGGUACAUCGCGCACGUAGCAAGUGGAAGUUCACGUUGAAAGACGGUAUAAUGCAUAUUCAAGGAAAAGAUUACUGCUUUCAACGUUGUUCGGGUGAAGCCGAGUGGUGA